CCGGUUGGCGGCCGAGCGGUCUAUAUCGAGUGGGUGGGAGAAGACUUUAGUCUCUUUUAGCUCCCGUUCCACUUAAUCUUCCGCUCGCUCUUCCCUUCCUCCGAUGCGUCGUCGCCUUGUUCUUGAUCGACAACUGAGGAGGAUCCCGUCCCUCUUGCUUCCGGACCUGAGCCCUUAAUCUUGUCUUUUCCGCAUGACCAAUCUUGGGCCAUCGAGACGGGUUACAAAGAGGAGUGCCCGAGAUAAUAUUCAAUCCAAAAUGGUUCUAGAUGUAGAUCUCAAUUCUCCACCUCUUGAGAUCCAUGAGCAAGAAGCAUCUUCUGGUUCCAGACACCCUGCUGCAUCUCAUGGAACAUCUGCUUCCAUCAAUCCUCGGCAUAUUUAUCCCAGUGGACAGCAUCAGGGUUCUGCCCCACAGCCCUAUGAUGUUUUAGACAGUUCACUUAUUGAUGUAGAUGCCAUCGAGGAUGAGGUCCAGAUGCUCUCAUCCCCAAGAGGGUUUCCUCAGGCAAGGAAUCAUUCUAGGAGAAAUCAACCUGUGACAGUAGUCCUCGAUGAAGAUCUUGACACAAGUUCAAGAAUAUCAGAGGGAUCAGCAACCAUAUUAUCUUUGAAUGAUCACAAUAAGCAUGAAAGAAGUUCAAGAAACAUUUCAGUUAUUAAUUGUGAGCUUUAUCCAGCUCUGGAAGAGGAGUCCAACGUGAAGGGCAAGAAUGUCAUGGAAGCCAGGCCGGAGCCGCCAAAGGAACCAGCUUUCAUCUGCCCCAUCUGCAUGGACACACUGGUGGAGCCAUCGUCAACUAUUUGCGGCCAUAUUUUCUGCUGCAGCUGCAUAAAGGCGUCCGUUAAAUCUCAGAAGAAGUGCCCUACUUGUCAAAGAAAGCUAAGCAUGAGCAAUUUCCACAGGGUGUAUCUUCCAACUACUACUGACUGAGGUGACUGCAGAAUCGCCUUCUUCCUUCCCCUGUAUUUUGAAGCCUCCCCCCUGCUUUGAUUAAUCUUCAUCUCUCUUCUCUCUCUUUCUCUCUCUCACUGACAUUAUAGAUGCUCUUGGCUGUUUUUGUCCGGAUCACUUGCAAUUAUAAUUAAAGUUAAUGUUUGUGUAGUAGCUCAAUAUCUUUCUAGCAUGUCACAGAUUGAGAGGAAGUGGAGCAACAAAGAUUAGCCUGUGCUUGAUCGCUACUGGAAGCGGAGCAUCACAGGUGUGUGCUCGAGCCUGCACGCAGCUUUUUAUAUUCAGUCUAUUUCUUUCAUUUUUUUAUUCGGGCAUUCCCACACAUCAAACUGUGUCCAAAUCUGACAGUCAAUCUUUGACCUUUGUCAUCUGAUUUGGAUCUUCUCUAGCUAGCUAACCUUCCUGCCUCUUUGUUUGUUGGGUAGCACCCCUCACAAGGAAAAAAGCUUGAUCCCGAGAGCAACCAAUCUCUCUCUCUCUCUAUCUCUCCUUCUUCAACGUAGCCAUAACCAGUCAGUCUAAACCAUCAGGCCAAACCAGCAAUUCUUCCAUGCAACAACGCGCACACAGGAUUCUUGCAGGUAUCAUCUUCUGCUAUCUUCUAUAUUCCUCCAAACAAAUGAGUGAAGAAAAGAGUUGGGGAAGGUUCAAGUCACAUGCAGCAUCUUGUUGUGGCUUUCAUGAGCAUCCUCGCCAUGUAUCGAAUUCCCCCAUUAAAUCCUCGUGAACUGAAUGCAGUGUGUUUAUCUGGAGGAGUGCAUAAGCUUGUUUGCUUAGAGAGGGGCCAAACAGAGACUGAUAGCUUUGAAGAGUGGGCAAAAGGAGAUGGGGACAAACUUGGAAUUUGACCUGCGUCAAAGUUUAGACUGCCUAUAAGAUACAUAUGUCACUAGGUUGACUUUUGUGUUUGGACCUUCUUCUUCCUCUCACGACGAUAGCAGCGGGCGUCGGUGCGGCAUUGUGAUGAGAGCAAGCUCUGUUCCCUGUCUCCGCCAGGCCAGGUGAGACGGACGGAUGCAUGUAAAUCUUGCGUUGGAUCUUACGGUGCGAAGAUCUCGGUCUCCGGGACCCACAGCGGUUCUCCAGAGGUGGGACGGAGAGUGGCGAAGAGACGGGUAAGGAUUGAUUCUUCUCCCCUGGUGUUGCACGCUAUAUUCUCUCCCGGACUCGCACCCCACUCCGCGAAGUGAACGCGCCCAAACGAGGAACUCAAAAAGACCGACGCCGCCGCUUUUGACUCGUGUACCGAAACCGAAAUCUAACCCUCCUCGGCUUCCUCCUCUCUUCGAUCAUCUGUUCUUGAGAGAAUCCUUCUGAAAGACGAGAUUUUUGAGUGUCCUGCUUCGACCAAGCCAGCGGGACAGAAUCCUCGGGAAAAAGAUACGAUCUUUGAUCGUCCCACUUCGACCAAGUUACGCUUCGUGUAAAGGAAUCUGCUUUGCCGGGAAGUCCACCGCGCAACUCUUAUUCCAUUGGGUUCGCCGAGUUUACUUGCUUUGUCAUGGGUUCUCUUGCCACACAUCCCUCAGGUCCAAGAUUCUGUUCUUGUGCCAACAACCGUACAGCUGCUUUCCUAUGUAUGGUGUUCAUCAUCGGGACCUCUUUUGUUGAAUUUGAUUAUAUAAUGAAAUUGUGGACUGGGAUAUCAACUGAUUUUGUAGCAACUACUCAAGCCAAUUCGUGGCACCGUGAGUCUAGCUUGAUAAAUGUAAUUAAUCCUACUCUGAAGGUAAAUGUAAUUAAUCCUACUCUGAAGACUGACAUAUCAGACUUACCCCCUCAAGCCAAUUCAUGGCACCGUGAGUCUAGCUUGGAGUCCACUCGAUCCAAUUCAUGCAAGAGUCCUUGCACAUCUCUGGGAAGUGAAGCAUUGCCUAAAGGUAUUGUUAGUCCGAAGUCAGACUUGGAAAUGGUGCCUCUAUGGGGUUCUCGAAGAGGAAAGGAUGGUGUCAGUUUACAGAAGAGCUUAUUGGCGAUUCCAGUUGGAAUAAACCAAAAGGCCAUGGUGAAUCAGAUUGUAAUGAAGUUUGUUUCCAGUGAUUUCACCGUGAUGCUUUUUCACUAUGAUGGUGUUGUUGAUGAAUGGAAAGAUUUACAAUGGAGUGACAGUGCCCUACAUAUUUCUGCAAUCAAUCAAACAAAAUGGUGGUUUGCUAAGCGCUUCUUACAUCCAGACAUAGUUGCACCGUACAAGUAUAUCUUCCUAUGGGAUGAGGAUAUCGAGGUGGAAAAUUUUCAUCCUAAAAGAUACUUGAUGAUUGUUGAGAGGGAAGGCUUAGAGAUAUCACAACCUGCACUUGACCUUGCAAAAUCUCGGAUUCAUCAUCAAAUUACAGCACGUUUAAGCAAACGAGUCGUACACAGAAGGAUGUACAAGUUCAGUGGUGACAAAAAAUGUGAUGAUAACAGCAGUCAACCUCCAUGCACUGGAUGGGUAGAAAUGAUGGCUCCUGUUUUCUCGAGAGCUGCCUGGCGCUGUGCGUGGCAUAUGAUUCAAAAUGACUUGAUUCAUGCAUGGGGUCUCGAUAUGAAGCUCGGUUACUGUGCUCAGGGUGAUCAGAGCAAAAACAUUGGAGUGGUGGACAGUGAAUACAUAGUUCAUAAGGGGCUGCCGACGCUUGGCGGGUUUGAUGAGAAAAUGGGAUCUACUGGUUCGCCUGCCGCUAAAGAUAGAUCUGCAGUGAGGCGGCGGUCUUCUGUCGAAUUGGAGAUCUUUCGAAAAAGAUGGCAGAAGGCUGCGACCGAAGAUAAUUGCUGGAUCGAUCCAUAUCCUGAACUCGAAACAAACUCGAGGAAGCAGUAAUGUAACUCAUUAACAAAACCUCAAGUUAGACAACAAAGUCCGAAGUAUUUAGCCAGUGUAUGAUCGAUGAGCUCAACACACAAAGAAUUGCCACCAGCAUUUGCGAAGAGAGCCAAAUUCUAAUCUAUGCUUCCGGUAAGCAGAGAUAUAUUACAUGAGUCAUAUCGUUAAAAGUAUAAUGUUUUCGAUUCUUUGAUUCUUUCCUGUAACAUUUUUAUUACCUUGUGAACUUUUGUUGUACUCAUAGCUUGAACAGCUUUUAUUAGAUUCUGAAGCUGAAAAAGCCAAUUGCAUGAUUUUUUUAAA